CCAGGAGACUACACAAUCCCACCGCUGACCAAAUGGAUACAAACUGCGUCCAGGGAGUGGAUGGAGUUGAGUGUCAUCCAUUGACAUCAAAUGCCGAGUUAUUUAGCUUCCGACGCAAUCCAAUCAAGUGGAAUGAACUUGUGGAGCCACUGGCACCUAGGAGUAGACCUAGGAAACUGGGAGAUGCAUUUGGGAUGAUGUCCUUUAUGGAUCCACCUCAGCAGGAGUAUAUGAUGGAGGAUAAGCGGCCGGAAGUAUUGGUGUGCCACGAUUUGGCGGGAAACUAUCGAGCGGAUAGAUUUGUGGAUGGGGCUGAGAAAUGGGAUGACUACAGAUUCUACCAUUGGGCUGGAAUUGACUACUUCUGCUACUUCAGUCACAACUACAUCACCAUCCCACCUCUUCAGUGGAUUAACGCUGCCCACAGACAUGGCGUUAAAGUUCUCGGAACUUUUAUCACAGAAUCCGGCGCUGGGGAAAAAAUUAUGGCAGAAGUCCUGCAAUCUGAGGACAAUAUGAUACGUGUCGUUGAUGAACUAGUCUUCAUCACCAACCACUGCCAAUUUGACGGAUGGCUCAUUAACAUCGAAUGCCAGGUCAUCCCGGAAAAGAUUCCCUUGCUCAAGCAAUUUGUAAGUUACCUAACUGGAGAGAUUCGUAGGACUGUGGGGGGCCUAGUUGUCUGGUAUGACAGCGUCAUUGAGAAUGGAACGGUUCUCUGGCAAAAUGAGAUAAACUUCAAGAAUAGUAGCUUUUUCGAAGUCUGUGACGCCAUUCUCCUCAACUACAACUGGAAUGAGAAAAAUCUAGACGACACCGAAGGAUUUCUGUCCCUAAAGUACCCUGGGCGGAAGAAAAAUGUUUUCGUUGGAAUUGAUGUGUUUGGCAGAGGACAAGUGGCUCAAUUCAAAACCCACGAAACUCUCGAGAAAAUUGCAAAAAGAGGCCUGAGCAUUGGAUUAUUUGCCAUUGGGUGGACCUUUGAGGCCAUGCAGAAUGAUUCCGUAGACAUUUUUUCAGAACGUGGCAAUACAGAAUGCAAUGAGGCCUUCUUCCGUCGGAACAAUCGCUUCUACGCAUCGUUCUGGAACUACCUGUAUACCAGUGGACCCUGCGAGCUUCCAUUCUACACAUCUUUCUGCGUAGGAUCCGGACUAGUGAGGAGAGAACUCGGAGUGAUAGUUUCGUCAUCUCCUUGGUUCAAUCUCCGCCUUCAGCAACCUCAAAUGUCUACUCCAAUUGAUCACACCUACAUAGAACAUCAUUUUGAGGACAGUUUUGACGGAGGGUCCUGCUUAAGAAUCACGAGCGUCUCUCCGAGAGUCUAUCGACUAUUCUGCGUGGAUUUCAACUGUACAAAUGACAUUUUGUUCUCAUUCGCUCUCAAAAGGAGCAACAAGGAUAUCGAUCUCGAUAUUAUACUAUUUAUUGUUGAUGCUACGACUGAAAAACGUUGCCGAGUUGUCUUGGCUGAGGAUUUCUUGUACACAGAAAGGGUCACAUGGCCUGGAAAUUGCAGCAUGAAGCCUCUGAUUGAGGAUAAUUUACUACACGUGCAGCAUUUCUUGAACAGAUCCAAUGAGAAACACAUUCCAGUAAGGAGUGAUAUAAAUGGAUGGGAAACAAGAUUCUACUACCUGAGCUUCGAUUCAACCGUUGUACCUCAUAUUAUUGACAUUGGAGUGCGUAUUCGAGGGCAACCAUUCGGAGGACAUUGGAUAAAUCUAGGGGCAAUUGGAAUCCAUGCAGGAGUAAUUAAUAACCUCGAAUACGAGAAGGUGAGUGAUGAAUUUUCCUCUCAAAAUCAAUGAUUUGAUAAACCUACUGACCUGAAAAGUGCUCAGCAAAUGGAAAAUUGUAUUUGCGAGACUUUUUUUUGUGUGUACUUAUGCAUAUUGACUUGGUUAUUUACACAAACGAUCAACAAUUCUUAUUUUGUGGUGGCUAAAUGUAUUUCAAUAUGAGAAUCGCAGUAAAUUAGAAAUCGAGUUCUUUUUCUCUGACUCUAACCACAAUUUGCCACAAAGUAAGAUUCAGAGAAGCGUUUGAAAAAUACACACCGGUAAACUGUUGACCCAUAAAAGAAUUAAGAAAACUCUUUGAGAGAAGAAGAACUCAGACCAAAAUUAAUCAUGAACGGUCUGCCAGACAGAGAAAUAAAGAAGUAUAUUAUGCAAUUAAAUAUGCAAUUAGUAUGUGAUUUAUAGAAUUUCUAUUUAAUAUUAAUGCGAGUACAUCCAUACAAAAAUGCUCCGGAUACAUAACAAAAUCGUGGGUGUUUCUUUUUGUCAGUGGAAGAAAAAAAAUAUUAAGUUAAAAA